CUCAUGGAAAAGUCAAAGUCACUUGGAAACGUUUUUGCAUUCUAUAUGGGCAACAGGUACGUGGUUGUUUUGAAUGGAAGGAAAGUUUUACACGAGGCAUUGGUUAAACAUUCAAUAAGUUUCUCAAGUCGUCCAAAAUUUUAUCUACAUAAAUACAUAAACAAGAAACUAACGGGAAUAAUCGAACAUCCGUAUGACAAGCACUUCAAGAUACAUCAUCGCAUAUGCCUCAAUAUUUUGAAACAUUUUGGAUUUGGUAGAGGAGUCAUGGAAGCCAGAAUCAAAGUAGAAGUUGAAGAUCUCAUAAAAAGAGUGAAAAUCAAAAACGGUGAAGCUUUCAAUCCUCUAUUCGAAAUUACAGCUGCCGUCUCAAAUGUAAUUUGCAGCAUAAUAUUUGGAAAGAGAUGGUCAAAAGAAGAUCCUAAAUUUCAAAAAGGACUUGAGUUGAUAAAUUCAAUACUAUUAAGUAGUAUCGAUUCAAUGUUGAUAAAUUUUUUUCCAAUCAUUCGAUUUCUACCUUCCUAUAAAAAAAGUUUAAACCAACUUCUUGACACAUUUGACAAAUGGGAUAAGUAUUUAGAAAAUGUAAUUAAUGAAGCCGUGACAAAUGAUACUGAAAAUUCACAAAAAGAUUUGUUUGACAAAGAUCAAUUUACAAACACAAUAAGAGAUCUAUUCAUUGCUGGCACCGAAACAACUGCUACAACUCUUUCGUGGUUGAUCAUUUUAAUGGCUAACAAUCCAGACGUUCAGCAGAAAGUCCAGGAAGAGUUGGACAGAGUAGUUGGUUUGAAAAGAUUUCCAUGUCUUGAAGAUAAGACAAACUUGCCAAUCACUGAAGCAACUAUCCUGGAAGUGAUGAGAUUCAAAACACUGGUGCCCUUGGCUCUCCCUCACCUGACCACUAAGGAAACAAUUAUUGAUGGAGUGUUGAUACCCAGUAAUGUUAUGGUUAUGCCUAACAUUUAUAGUGCUCACAUGAACUCGGACGAUUGGGACGAACCUGAAAAGUUUAAAAUUGAAAGAUUUCUAAAUGAAGACCAAACUCAAGUUAUCAACAGAGAUUUAAUUAUCCCAUUUUCUUUAGGUAAACGAUCAUGCCUCGGAGAGAUACUUGCCAAACAAGAACUCUUCCUUUUUACGACGGCUCUUCUGCAGAAAUUCAAAAUGCUCCCGGUCGAAGGUGAGACGGAAAUAAUCGUGGAAGAAACUGUCGGUGUGACUACAUCACCAUCUCAUUUUGAAGCUCGGCUUGUGUCUAGAAAC